UACUUGGUAAGAACCAAAUCAUGGAAACUGUUCGACCGUGCGGCUGCAAGGGGAUACGAUCUUGUUUAAUUUGCGAAGCGGAAUAUAAAAUAUCCAAGCCGGACUUGAAGAGCGAAUUACAGAAAAACAAAAGUUACGUUUAUUGUCCUUGUUGUGACAAAUUGUUAUCUGGAUGGGACAUAGAUGAGUAUAAGAAUCAUCCUCACCAUGAUGACAACAACUUGCUUGAUUAUUCUGGUGUUUAUAUCAAGCUAGAUUUCUUAAGUGAAGAUGAAGCUGAAAAGCUAACGAAAGCACUUGAUGAUCUUCCUUGGGAAGCUUCGCAGAGUGGUAGAAGAAAACAGAAUUUUGGACCAAAAUGUAAUUUCAAAAAGCGGAAAUUGCAAUUAGGAGCAUUUAAAGGUUUUCCAAAAACAACAGAAUUUGUACAGAAGAAAUUUAAGGAAAUACCCCUGUUACAUGAUUUCAAAACUGUCGAGCAGUGUUCUCUUGAAUAUGAUACUGUACGAGGCGCCUCUAUCGAUCCUCAUAUUGAUGAUUGUUGGAUUUGGGGAGAGCGUAUAGUUACUGUAAAUGUUCUUGGUAAUUCUGUUCUGACCAUGACUCCUUAUCGUGGCCCAUUGACAAGGUAUAAUUUAGACUGUGUCUCAAAAUACGAUUCUAUUUUGGAAAGAGACAUUUCUGAUAAUGUACAGAGUUUAAAUAUUGAUAAUGAUGUAGUAGUAAGACUACCAAUGCCCGCCAGAUCUGUUAUGAUUUUAUAUGGCGCUGCCAGAUACAAGUGGGAACAUUCAGUGCUUCGACAAGAUGUAAAGUCAAGACGCGUUUGCCUUGCAUAUCGUGAACUGACACCUCCGUAUCUUGAAAAUGGUGAGCAUUAUAACAAAGCUACUGAAAUUUUGAAACAAGCUUCAUUUUUCUGGUGAUACUAAUAAAUAAUCGAAUUUAAAUAAUUAUUGACUUUAUUUAAUAGACAGUUAUUGUCGUAGCACACAAUAAAUAUAAAUAUUGAAAUAGAAUAAAAUAAUUUUUAAACUAAUGAAUGAAAUAAAUAUGUUGUGUA